GCCGCGGGCUCAGUCGCCUCGCUCCGUGAUUGGAUGCGGCGGCCGGGACCGGAAGAGCCUGGCCCGCAGCUGGAGGCUGCACGUGGUUCCAGGCGCUGAGGAUGGAGGCAGUGGCUGGGAGCGGGGCGCAGGGGGGGCCAGCCGGGGGGGGCAAGAAGAAGAAGACGACGACAAAGAAGCUGCAGCGCUACUGGGAAGGGGCCCCCCAGCCGGACCCCCCCGCAGCUGCCCCCUCCAAGGCCAAGAGGCGUCGUCGCAAUGAGAAGACCAGGCCAAGGGCUGGGGCAAAGGGGAGCCUGGAGGCCAGGAAGAGGCCGCGGGCGUCAGAGGCCGCAGGCCGGAUCUCUGGGAAGAGGGACCCGUUCCCCGGAGCCGCCCCCCUCUCUCGCCACAAGGUGAAGAAAUUCCAACGGGGCCAGAAAUCGCAGCUGGCAGGGGCGUCCAGCCGGCGGCUCUGGGACCAUCUGGCCUCGCUGGAUCAGAAGGUGGAGCUGGCAGCGCAGCAGGCCGCGCGCAUGGAGCUGCUGCUGCCCGAGGAGCCAGGGUUCCUGGAGGGGGACCCCGGCGAGGACACCUGCACCAUUGCCCAGGCCGACAUCGCUGAGGCUGCCGACAUCGCCAGCGCCACCAAGCACUUUGAGCUGACGCUGAACCAGUUUGGCCCCUACCGGAUGGAUUAUACCCGACCUGGCCGGCACCUGCUGCUGGGGGGCCGGCGGGGCCACGUGGCAGCCCUGGACUGGCAAACCAAGUCACUGCUAUGUGAGAUCAACGUCAUGGAGACGGUCACUGACGUCACGUGGCUGCACACGGAGACCAUGUUCGUGGUGGCCCAGCGGCGCUGGCUCUACGUCUACGACAACCAGGGCGUGGAGCUGAACUGCCUGAAACGCUUCAACGGGGUCCUGCGCAUGGAGUUCCUGCCCUACCACUUCCUGCUGGCCACCGCGAGCGAGACGGGGUUCCUGCAGUACCUGGACAUCUCGGUGGGGAAGGAAGUUGCCACCAUCUGCACCCGGGGUGGGCGCCUGGGCGUGAUGGGGCAGAACCCAGCCAACGCCAUCGUCCACCUGGGACACAGCAAUGGUGAGACUGCCCCAACCCUGCCCCAUUGCUACUCCCCCCCCAUGUCUGCUCCCUCCCCCCAGGUGUACCGGGACGUGCCCGUGCAGCCGCCUCACAAGCCCUACCUGUCGCACACGCUGCCCCGGGCGGCCCACGGCCUGCGCUUCUGCCCCUUCGAGGACGUGCUGGGCGUAGGGCACGGCAGCGGCUUCACCAGCCUGCUGGUGCCAGGUGCUGGACAGGCAAAUUUCGACGCGCUGGAGAACAACCCGUUCCGGAGCCGGAAGCAACGGCAGGAGUGGGAGGUCAAGGCCCUGCUGGAGAAGAUCCCGUCGGAGCUGAUCACGCUGGACCCGGGGCAGCUGGGCCGGGUGGACGCCAUCACCAUGGAGCAGAAGCACCAGGAGCGAGUGGAGCGGCUGGGCUUCGACCCCCAGGCCAAGCCGGCGUUCCAGCCGCGCCGGAAGCUGAAGGGACGCAGCUCAGCCGGGAGCCUCCUGCGGCGCAAGAAGAAGGUGGCGAACCAGGAGCAGCGGACCAAGAUCCAGAAGAGCCUGGAGCAGCAGCAGGCGGCGGAGCGAGAACCGAAGGCGGCACCCCAGGCUCAGAGGUCAGCGCUGGAUCGGUUCAAGAAAUAGCCUUGGGGAGGCUGGGGGGAGGGGAUUGCCCCCCAUG